AAACCGAUCGCAGUUGCCGCUCCUAUUAAACACCUAAAUUUCUAACCUAUUUUAUAUGACGCUACGUUUCAACUGCGAAAUUUAGUAUUGUAUAAAAUUAGUAAAUUGAUCUGAUCUAGUAAAUUCAACGGUACCUUGCGAAACUAGACCUUUUGAAGCUCUCAAGAUGCUUCCAUUAUCGUUACUGCGGACCGCUCAAAACCAUCCAAUGCUCGUAGAACUUAAAAAUGGUGAGACCUACAACGGGCAUCUGGUUUCUUGCGAUAACUGGAUGAAUAUCAACUUAAGGGAAGUAAUCUGCACAUCACGAGACGGUGACAAGUUCUGGAGGAUGCCCGAGUGCUAUAUUCGCGGUUCUACUAUCAAAUACUUGCGUAUUCCUGAUGAAGUUAUUGAUAUGGUCAAGGAAGAGACCCAAGUGAAAUCCCGAGGACUGCGCGAGGUAUCCAAAGGCCGCGGCGGUGGCAACAUGCGCUCAGCUCGCGGCGGCGCCCGCGGGGCCUUCGGGGCCCGCCGCCCCGCCCCGCCGCCGACCCGGCAACCCAACCAGCAACCACGACCCAUGAAGAAGAAGUAGAUAUCUAAGCUGGUUUACCAUGUUUCGUACGGAACAGAUUAGCUCUGACCUGGGGUCCUAGCCAAGGUGAUAAUUGCCGAUAGAAAAAUACAUCAAUUGAUCUUUUACCUUUUAUACUAGCAAAUCUUGUAAAUAUAUAGAUUUAUAUAUUUUGGGGAUCUCGGAACUGACUUUUUAUAUGUUUUCCACACAAAGUUCUGUCGCCCUGAUAUUACUUAGGUAUAUCAUCAUCAUCUCAACCGAAAGACGUCCACUGCUGGACAAAGGCCUCCCCCAAGGAUCUCCACAGCGCACGGUCAUGCCCUCAACCACCAGUUUCCCAUGACUUUAACCAGAUUGUCUUAUUACGUAUACUAUGUGUGGACUUUUUGGAUGACUUCCUUUAUAUUUUUCUUUUCAUAUUUGUCAUUUGUCGAUAUUAUGAUUGUCGUUUCCUUGGCUAGGCCCCCUGAUAUCUCCAAUGCAAUUCUUAAAUCCAAUGCGAAUUGGAUGUAACCAUUUUUUAAAUGCAAAAUCGGUUAUGAAAUAUUGUGAUCUUGUGAAUAUUAUUCGACUGGUUACAUUUUUUGUAGGAUUGAGCUAACUUUGCAUGGAAUUUGCAAUAACAAAGUGUAAUAAUGUCAUAAUUCUAUAAUGGCAUGCCCUCACUUCAGUGUAAAGAACGAUGUGACGUCAUUCAACUGACUAGAGUUUAAUUUAAUUAUUAAUAUAAGGUUUUUGAUUA